UCGCAUCAGUCUGCAGGUCACAAUCACCUCCUCUUCCUCAUCACACUGCCUCUCUCUGCUCCUCCUGGCCCGGCUCGGCACGGAACUCUUAAACCUGGACCAGGACUCACUCGCGCAGAGAGGGGACCGGGGAGAGCGGGACCUGCAGGAUCCGUGUACCGGCUGCGGGCUCCCGUCAUGCUGGGCACGGUGAAGAUGGAAGGUCACGAGGCUCCUGACUGGAGCGGAUACUACAGCGAGGAGGUUUACUCUCCAAUGGCAGGUGGUGGGUUGGGAUCUGGUCUCGGAAUGGGUUCCAUGUCGGGCUACAUGACCAGCAGUGGGACCACAUCUGGCUCCUUCAACAUGUCAUACAGCGGGACCGGUUUGAGUCCCACCCCAGUUGGGGGGAUGGGCGGUUCAGCUCCAGCAGCCAUGUCAGGUCUGGGUGGGGGCGUGGGCUCGAUGGGUGGAACCCUGAGCCCCUCCAGUAUGAGUUCACAGCAGGCCUCAAUGGGCCUGAACCCAUACGGGGGCAUGAGUCCCACCAUGAGCCCCGGUAUGGCUUAUGGUGGUAGUGGACUGAACCGUGCCCGCGACAACAAGACAUUCAGACGUAGCUACCCGCACGCCAAACCCCCCUACUCCUACAUCUCACUCAUCACCAUGGCUAUCCAGCAGGCGCCCAGUAAGAUGCUGACUCUGAGUGAGAUCUAUCAGUGGAUCAUGGACCUGUUCCCGUACUACCGGCAGAACCAACAACGUUGGCAGAACUCCAUCCGGCACUCGCUGUCCUUCAACGACUGCUUCGUUAAGGUGUCACGCUCGCCAGACAAACCCGGGAAGGGAUCGUACUGGACCCUCCACCCAGACUCUGGGAACAUGUUUGAGAAUGGUUGUUACCUGCGGCGCCAGAAGAGGUUCAAGUGUGAGAAGAAGAUGUUGGUAAAAUCAGACGGGAGGAAGGAGCAGGGGGGAGGAGGACCGUCUCCUGCAGGGGAUUCCAUCAAACCUCCAGGGCUCCUGGACUCCUCCAGCCAGGCAGCCUCACCCCCCAUCGGUGGAGCAGUGGACCUGAAGGUGUCUGGCUCUCAGCUCCUGUCCUCCCUGUCGUUGCCCCCCCACCCCAUGGGAGUGCAUGAGUCCCAGCUGCACAUCAAAGGAGACCCCCACUACUCAUUCAACCACCCGUUCUCCAUCAACAACUUAAUGUCUUCCUCAGAGCAGCAGCACAAACUAGACCUGAAAGCCUAUGAGGCGCUGCAGUACUCCUACAGUGCUGGGGGGGCAUCUGGCCUUGGGGGGAGGACCAUGGAACCUCUGGAGACUUCCUACUACCAGGGGGUUUAUCCCAGACCACUCCUCAACACCUCAUAGUAUCUUCUGCACCUGCGGACUCUCUGCAUGCCAUCUUCGACUUCUUGUCUGACUGUGAUGAUGCUGAACCAGCUGCUGGUUUCUGAACUGGACUGUGACCAAACCAGGACCCAUUUAAUUAAACUGAUUCCAGGUCUGUUUUCUCCUUUUACAUACUGAGUCAGAAACAGCUAACGCUCAGGUCUUUAAGGUUCAGGAUACUAACAGGGUUUCGGUUAGGGGAUUAGGGUUAACCCCCUAACCCUAUCCCCCUAACCCUAAUAACUUUGAACCUCCAGCUCAUUAUCCUCUGGUCAGACCACGAUCGUCCAGAAUCUUGAAAUCACUGAAUCAAAGUUGUUUGAUUCAGUGUUUAUGUUCGUUUCCUAACAUCCAGACUCUCAAUGCCCCACAAGGUCCCUCACCCUCAGACUCCAGGCCUCACCUCUGACAUCUAACCUCUCCUCAGGCUCGGGCUGAUUCAGAGUGACACACCUGUUGCCUUAAAGACCAAACUUAGGAAACAAAAGUGUCCCGUCACAGUGGGAAGCCACGAUAAGAGCUGAGGAAAGGAGCUUCAAUGCUUCCUAUCUGAUCUCCUUCAGCCCAGGACACACUGAAACCUCCUUUACUUAAACAAAGGAAUGCUGUCCCACAAUUCAUUGCAGCAGCAAAAUUUAAUGCCACCCACCAUUUCCUGUAAAUAAUAUCCGCAAUCACCAGUGUGUCUCAGCACCAUGGUGGAGUCUUUCACUUCUUUCUUUCACCUCCUUCCAUCCAGGUCAAGGAAACAUGGUGAGGAAAGGACAUGGGACUAUUGAACCACAGCCAGUAAACUGACCACUCAGAGUUUUUUACAAUCAAUUAAUCCACCGGAACCUGCUCUUUUCAUUUAUUCUGCAUCGCCUCAAAUUUAAUCUACAUCGCCUCAGAUUUAUUCUGCGUCGCCUGUAGUUUAAUCUGCGUUGCCUCAAAUUUAAUCUGCGUCGCCUCAGAUUUAAUCUGCGUUGAAUCAAAUUUAUCCUGCAUUGCCUCAAAUUGAACCUGCGUCGCCUCAGAUUGAAUCUGCGUUGCCUCAGAUUUAAUCUGCUUUGAAUCAAAUUUAACCUGCGUCACCUCAGAUUUAUUCUGCGUCGCCUCAAGUUUAAUCUGCGUUGCCUCAAAUUUAAUCUGCGUUGCCUGAGAUUUAAUCUGCGUCGCCUCAGAUUUAAUCUGUCACCUCAGAUUUAUUUUGUGUCACCUCAGAUUUAUUCUGCGUUGCCUCAAAUUAAAUCUGCGAUGCCGCAGAUAUUUUCUAGAGUUUGAUCCUCCUGUCUGAGGUUUUAUUCAGCAUGUUAGGGUUUGUGUCCUGAUAAGAUGAAGGUCAAAGGUUGCCUGGUGAUGGCUAUGGAGUGGUUGCUAUGGUGACACUGAUGAAGCUGCAGAUGUUUACAGAAACUAAUUUGGUUGCAUUAUAUAGAUAAAACUUUUUGAGUAAAGACUUUGAGUAUUUGAUCGGAUUUAUUUCUCCCACGACCUUGUCUGCCGCUAGGCUGACCUCUUGAGGGGUCAUGACCCUCAGAGUGAGAAACCAACACAUAGAUAAAAAGGUUUUCAUUUAAAGGGUCAAUUCACCCAAAUUCUCCCAAAUGACUCAAACACGGAUUCUCCCGCCUCUCUGAUUGUUGUCAUCUGUAUCUGGGAAGAUAUUUGGCCAGUUUCCUGCUGUUUGGUCUUUUCUAGUUGAACCAAAGUCCUGCUUAUUUUCUGAUGUUUUUAUCAACACACACACACACACACACACACAUAUAAUAUCAUAUUUAUUAUAUAUACUGAAUGAUGAUGAUGACGAUCAUCCUCAUCAUCACAGUUCAUCACGUUUACAACUCACAUUCAAAUCUUUUCAGUUGUUUAUUAAAACACUAAUGUCUGAUUUAAUUCAUAUACUUUUUGGUUUUAUAAAAUGAUUAUUAAAUUUUUCAAAAUAAAAUGAUUCUAAUUAAAAAUAAUUAAAAUCUUUGUAUGUAUUUUCAGCCACUGAUCAAUAAACAAUGAGACCUUGUUGCUGUGACGUCAGACCAAUCAGGAGAGUUAUUGAUUAGUCUAUUGAUCCUGAAACAGUUUGUUUGUGACUCACUUUGUGUAAAAGGAGAAAACACUUGUUUUCUGACUGUUGAUAAAAAUCUACUUUGUGUAUUUAAACUCUUCCUCACCUCUGAUUAGCGAUUAUUGAAUAUUACCAUGACUCUGAUGCAUGUUCUUAACUUAUUCUGUCGUUUAA